AAACAGCACUGUGUGUGAAGGUGCUGAGAUGCACUGGCCUUAACAGUUGUGACUACAAUAAUUUGCAGAGACACUAUUGGUCAGGUGGGGGAGUACUCACAGCCUGGGCCUCGUUUUCAGCACAUAUUUGUAUAUGCUUCUAUGUCCAACCCAACCCACCAUGUUAAACAAACCAGCCAAGCAAACUGCUACUGUCAAAUAACCUCUUGAAGCUAAACUGACUUCAGUGCUAGUGGCUCCUGCUGAAUUAUAUAGGAAUGCUGCUUGCGUGUACAUUUCCUGGGCUGAUUUACUGUAGUUCUGUUUCUGCCAUUACACUGGCUGCCAUCCAUAGGAAGGAAUCUUUAUGCUCUUUAUGCUAAGAUGUGCAUGCUUAGUGCUGUAUCUCCAUAAAACUAUUUAUUAAUAUUUUUACAGCACAAUCGGUGUAUUUUCAAAACCGCUUGUCCAUGUUUGGGGUCACAUUUUUCUAAAUCGGUCCGCUUUCAUUUUAAAUAUGAUAAACAUGCUUAAUUAGAAUUAUUUUCAUUAUAUUCCCAUGCUUCUGCUUUUUAAACAAGGCUCACUAAUGUCUACCUUUAGUUUAUAAACAGGUAGAAGUGUUUGGAAUGUAUUUUUCAUUACUUGUUCUGUACAUGAUCCAAUACUUUGUGUAAGAAGAACUUCAUCUGUGUUGCUGCACUCCAUAAUAUAUCCAGCACUUUGUCAUCAUGCUAUGAAUGUUAUCCCCGCCAGUCACCUUGGUUCUUUUUUAGGACCUGUGUUUAUCUCCCUGUCCAGGAAUGCUGGGAUUAAAGGGCUCCACCGGUGAUGCGGGACCACCAGGUCUGGGUGGAAUAAAGGGCCAGCCAGGAUUUCCAGGAGAGGCUGGACUGCCUGGACUCAGGGGUCUCCCUGGUCCUCCGGGUCCUGAAUCAAGAAGUGGCUUCCCUGGAUCUCUAGGAAGAAAAGGUGAAAAGGGGUCUCCUGGUAUGCAGGGAUUCUCAGGAAUGCCAGGACAUCCAGGCCAACCUGGUCUGCCAGGAAUCAAGGGUAGCCCUGGGUUCCCUGGAAGGGAUGGGAAUCCGGGAAGUUAUGGAAGGCAAGGAAGUAAAGGUGAUCGAGGGGAACCUGGUCCACAUGGGCCAGCGUCUUCGCCGCUUCUGUAUUUGCCCUUAAUACUUGGGGAAAAUGGUGACGUCGGCCUCCCAGGAAGCCCAGGAUUUCCUGGGCCCAGAGGUGACAAAGGAUUCCCAGGUCAGCCAGGCCGUCAGGGUCUGCCGGGUCUUCCUGGAUUUCCUGGACAGGAGAGGGGUCCCCCUGGUGUCCCUGGACCCCCAGGAUCUCCAUCCUUAGUAGGCUCCCCUGGACCUAAGGGAUCCCCUGGAAUCAUGGGCUUUCUCGGCAUGCCAGGGCCAAGGGGCGAUGAUGGCUUUCCUGGACCAUCUGGCUUUCCUGGAGAACCAGGGUUAUCUGGUCCAAAAGGUGAGAGGGGAGACUCCUACAGCUCAGCUGGAGCCCGUGGCAUUAAAGGGCUGCCUGGUGACACAGGAUAUCCAGGUAAACCUUGCAGCAUACCUUUGAUCACCA